AUGUCCUACUCUAAGAGCUUGUGCUGGAUUAGGUCUGCUGCUCCACAAGUCUCGAAAAGAUCAGCUCAAUCGUGGGUCCAUAAAUGGAACCGCUUUGAGCGAUGGCAAGAGCUUGAGAAAGCUAAGGAUGAACACACAGUUCAUAAAUUGAAAAUGAAGAACUUCAUGAAGUUACCCACAGGAUUGUAUAUCACGCCUGAAAGGCCUGAAGAUUUAAAACCAAAGAAAGAUCGGGCUGAUGAGACAAAUGAAGAUACAGGAGCUUUACCAAUCGAUUUACUCACUAAUCAUACUCAAAUGAGAUAUGUAGAUCAUUCAAUAGAUAAUAUAAAGAGAUUCAAUAGAUAUCAGCAUUUCAAACACUUACAGUAUGAUCAAAGAAUGAUCGCGGAAAGGCUUCUGUUUUUGGGUGCCGAUCUAGCUGCUGCUCAUUUCCUCGUGCAUAGGGGAGCUUCUGUAAAGUUCAUAGGAGAUGACAAUUGGUACAGAAGAGACGCAAAGAAGAACUAUUCAUUGCCAGGGAGGAAAGUUCCAGGGUUGCACAUCGAAGCCAUUGACGCUUCUGGAACUGAGCUAAUGUUCGAAGGAUUCGAAAAUCUUUAUGACCUAAAGCACUUGAGGAUGCUAAGAUUAGCGGAUUGUGAGUACAUUGAUGAUUGGACAUUGGGGAAAAUCGGAGGAAUGAUGGAAAACUUGGAAAUGUUAGAUGUUAGUGGAUGCCAAAAAAUUUCUUCCAAAGGUUUAAUGGGUUUAUUGCCUCUCAAAAAGCUUAGGCUCUUGAGGCUAGAAGGGUUGUAUUGUAAGGAUCUUGGGAAAGCUGCUCUACUCCUCGAGGAAUCCAUACCUUCCUUAGAAGUACUCGGAGUCGAUUUCGAGGAACAAGCAAAAUUACUCGAAGCUGAAACAAGAUUAUUAGAGAAUCCGAAUGUAGUACAAGAUGCACGAGGAAAUAUUUUUGCUGAAGAUGACAACGGAAGGCUAUUCUAUAUAGGAGGGGAAAUAAAUGAGAGACCUGCUGUUUGCGAUAUGGAUAAACCUAUCAUGACCGGCACAAUACGCAGAGAAGUUCCGGAAAUGUCCGACGAAGACUUUGAUAAACUGGAUGCGUUAUCUGGUGGAAAACUUAGGCACUUACUCAUAGGCUCACCCAGUGGUUACGAGUGGAAUGAGCAGGUGGAGACGGUACUCCAGUUUGAAUCGAAAUGGAAUAAGAAAGAAAAUAUUCCUGUCAACUCCAAAAUGUUACCGGAGUCUGAAAGACCACGAUUCAAGCCUGAAACCAAACACAGCCACCUUGAUGAGGAGAAGAAACUAUUUUUACAGAGUUCUUAG